UCACGCCUAUGGCUCGCGCAGGCGGCUCGGAGCCGUGUGCGGGCCGGGAUAGGGCGGCGCUGCGGCCGUGCGGCCAAUGGCAGCGUGCUGGCCGAUGAAGCGGGGCGGGGGGUAGGCGCCCGGCGGCGGUGCGCGGAAGAGGGCUGGGGGUUGUCGAGCAGCGGGUCUGCGGCUGCCGGCGGAUGCUCUCUACGCGUAGCCACCGAUAGAGCCGGUGUGUGAGGACCGAGAUGGCCGCCUGGGUGCCCGCUGACGCGCUGGGCCGGAGAGUGCUGUGUGGCACAGAGUACGGCACCGUGCGGUAUGUCGGCAGCGUCCCGCCUACAGCAGGAACUUGGCUUGGAGUGGAAUGGGAUGAUCCUCAGAGAGGAAAACAUGAUGGUACCUAUGAAGGAACACAGUAUUUUAAAUGCAGGCAUCCUAAAGGAGGAUCAUUUAUCCGCCCGAACAAAGCGAAUUUUGGAGUAGAUUUUCUUACUGCAGUAAAGGGCCGGUAUGGAUUGAAUGAAAAGCAAGAUGCUCAAAAUGGAACAGAGAAUACAUGUGUAUUUGGAAAGAAGACUGUGGAAUUUGUUGGUAGAGAUUCUAUUGAAAAAAAACAAAGCCAGCUGCACCAACUGGUACAUAUCUCAGUGCAUGAAUGUGCAGUGAGCCAUGCUGGUCAGAAAGAGGAAAUCAGCGGAACAUGUGCUAAUAUCAGACAUAUAGAUCUAUCGAAAAAUCUGUUGUCUUAUUGGGAUACAGUAGUAGAUAUUGCUGCUCAAGUUCCGAAUCUGGAAACACUUGAUAUCAGUGGAAACAAAAUGAGAUUUCCAUCUACAUCAAUUUCUGUAUCUAGUGCAUUUUCAAAGUUGACGACGCUGGCACUUAAUCAGACUGAGAUAACAUGGAUGGAGGUUCUUCUUUGUGCUCCAGGAUGGCCAGUACUUGAAGAGUUAUACCUUACUUCAAAUAAUAUUACAGUUUUGGAAAGGCCUGAUAAUGUCCUGCAGACCCUGAAGCUGUUAGACCUUUCAAACAACCAGCUACUGGAUGGAAGUCAGCUGCAUCUGAUAGGACAUCUCCCCAGAUUGGAACAGUUAAUACUUACAAACAAUGGAAUAUCUUCUGUGCACUUUCCCGAUGCUGAGUUUGGAUGCAAGACUAAAAUGUUUCCUUCCUUAAAACACCUUGCAAUAAAUGACAAUAAGAUGUCACAGUGGUCGUCGAUCAAUGAGCUUGAUAAACUGCCAAGUUUGCAGAUACUGGAGUGUCGCAAUAACCCUUUGAUGGACACAGAGAAGAAUCCAGAGACCCUGAGACAGCUAAUUAUUGCCAAGAUAGGUCAGCUGGAGGUUUUGAACAAGUCUGAGAUUCUUCCUGAUGAAAGAAGAGGAGCAGAGCUUGACUAUCGCAAAAUAUUUGGGAAGGACUGGCUAGCAGCUGGAGGGCACUGGGAUCCAGCGAGGAACAAACCGAGUGAAGAGUUUCUUGCUGCCCAUCCCAGAUACUCAUCUCUUUGCCUUAAAUAUGGUGCACCUGAAGAAGGAGAACUGAAGGGGCAACAGCCUUUGACUCUGAAAAAUCAGCUUUUGACUUUGACAAUUAAAUGUCCUGACAACCCUGAACAGACGCCUGUAGAGAAAAAGCUACCAGAGUCCAUGACUAUUCAAAGGGUCAAAGGAUUGCUCUAUCGCCUACUUAGAAUUCCUGGUUCAGAACUGAAACUGUCCUACGAAAGUUCUAAACUGAAAGGAAAAGAAGUUGAACUUGACAACGACUUAAAGCCUUUGCAGUUUUACUCAAUAGAAAAUGGAGACUCUGUGUUAGUACGGUGGUAACAAGAGACACCCUUGACAGACUGAAGGAAAAGCCAACACUAGAACUGCAAAAGCAUCAUGGACUGCCUGCAGACAGCAUGUACAGCCUGUGCCUGAACACGUCUGGGAGAACGUGUUACCAGAGGGCUCUGUGGUAAUACUGCCGGCUCCUCAGCUUAGUAGUGGUCUCCUUGAAAGCCUUUACUUUUGAUUGAAGUGUCUUAUGUAAGAGAUACCAAGUAGUGCUUAAAUUCUUCAGUUAAAUAAAUCUCCAGGUAACCCUUUU